AUGACAGAUGAUAUUCUUCCUUCCUCUUCAGCAGAGCGUUUUAGCUCUAAAAAUUCUGAGGAUGUGCGGAUUUUGCUCGUCGGUGAUGAAGGGGUUGGUAAAACAAGUAUAAUAAUGGCUCUUGUACAUGACAAUUUUUGUACAAAUGUUCCAGCGCGUUGUGAACAAGUUAUAAUCCCUAGAGAUGUUUCUCCUGAUGGAGUUUUAACCGAAAUUAUUGAUUAUUCACCACGAGAGCAGUCUGAAGAUGAACUUAUUUCACUAAUACAACGGGCAAAUGUGAUUUGUGUAACUUCAUAUUGGCUUCCUCUUAUUCAAAAAUCACUUGGUGGGGGAGAGCACAAUCGCUCAGUGCUCCUUGCAGCAAACAAGUCAGAUCGUCAAGACGAAACGUCUCAUAUUGACAAAAUGAUCCCUAUAAUGAAUGAUUAUUUGGAAAUUGAAACCGUUGUUGAAUGUUCAGCUAAAAUUAUGAAAAACAUUUCUGAGAUUUUUUUCUAUGCACAAAAAGCGGUUGUUUAUCCGUUUCGACCUUUAAUGUCUCUAGAAGAAAAGAAGCUUUCAAUGAAAUGCCAGAAAGCUCUUGCAAGGAUAUUUAAGGAAGUGAAACAAGUAAUUUCUGAUUAUGAUCCAAACAUGUUGGUGGAUAAUGCUCUUACACUCGAAGGAUUUCUCUAUUUGCAUCAGAUGUUCAUUCAAAGAGGUAGACAUGAAACUGUUUGGACAGUGUUAAAGAGAUUUGGUCAUGAUCUCAAUCUACAACUGCGACAGGAUUAUUUGCUUCCAAAGUUUGCAUUUAUUCAUCUGCUAAAAUAUUUUAAUUUAAAGAAUAAAGAUCCCGCGAGGUUCUUCUGUUGA